CAACGCCGGCGGCGGGCGCACAGUUGCCGUUCCACCAGCAGAAAGUUCAGUACUCACAGUCCGCGGACUUUUUAACCCAUUAACUAAUGUCGGCAAUCGGAAAGAUCGGAUUCCUGGGAGGCGGGAAUAUGGCCAAGGCUUUGGCUAAGGGUUUCCUAGCGGCCGAUACAAAAGGAUAGGACGUUAAGGAUUUCAUCAUAUAAUCGCCAAAUUUCCUAAUUCAUUUCCUAGGCCUGGCCAAACCCAAUACCCUGAUAGCCAGCGUCCAUCCGGCAGAUAAGCUCUCCCUGCAGUCCUUUCAAUCCCUGGGAGUGGAAACAGUGAUCAAGAAUGCACCCGUUGUGCAGCAAUCGGAUGUGGUCUUCGUGUCCGUGAAACCCCAAGUGGUUCCCUCGGUUUUGUCGGAGAUUCAGCCAUUGAGCUCGGGCAAACUAUUCCUUUCCGUGGCCAUGGGCAUCACUUUGUCCACCAUCGAGUCCAGUUUAUCUCCACAAGCUCGCGUCAUCCGUGUGAUGCCCAAUCUGCCGGCUGUCGUGUGUUCCGGUUGUUCGGUUUUCGUUCGCGGAUCCAAGGCCACAGAUGCAGAUGCGGAUAUUACCCAGAAGCUGCUGCAGUCCGUGGGCACUUGUGAGCCGGUGGAUGAGUCCCAGUUGGAUGUGGUUACUGCUCUGAGCGGAAGUGGACCGGCCUAUGUAUUCGUGAUGAUUGAGGCCUUGGCGGAUGGAGCCGUUCACAUGGGCAUGCCCAGGGAUCUGGCCUAUCGUUUGGCAUCGCAAACAGUCCUGGGCGCAGGUCACAUGGUGCGGGACAGUGGUAUGCAUCCCGGACAACUCAAGGAUGGGGUCACAAGUCCGGCGGGAUCGACAGCAGCGGCACUCAGACAACUCGAGCUGUCAGGUUUUCGGGCUGCGGUGUCUGGAGCGGUGGAACAGGCGACUCUGCGAUGCCGGCAAAUCUCGGGAAAGACGAAGUAGGCACAUAGGAUUAUCAUAUACAUAUACGUACAUUGGGGUGGGUCAAUUUUGUUAUUAAAGUUAUAGUAGUUAAAGGAAGUCGUUAAAUUUUGUUGCUUCUUGAAGAAACAUGUUUUUAAUUUGGAAAUGUAUGUUGGUGCUAUAGUGCUUUCAAAGAGCAAUGAUGAGAUGUUUCAUUUUAAUCGACCCACCCUUGUGCUUAAUCUGGGUUAGUAGCUUUGCAUAACUAUAAAAACUGUGAAGGCCGAUUUCGUGAUACUAAAAUAUAAGCAACACUGCUAUAUUCUUU